UGGAUGUUCGCCAGCUUCCAUAUGAUCUCUUCUUUCGGGAGACUGAUCCGGAAGUUGUCGAGCAGAACACAGAUCAUCACUUCUGCAAUGGAUGGAUCAGCGCGCCCGCCGCCGAGGAAACUCAUCGUACCAGCGUAGAUGCUCGGCAGAUGGGCGGUGGCCGCGCUCUUGGGCACACCGUUUGCCCACCGAUCAGGUUUCCACUCGUUCGCGUCGGGACCCCAGAUCUUCGGGUCGCGAUUCGCCGCUGCGAUCCCAAUGUGCACGUUUUGGUUCUCAGCGACGGGAAUCUC